GGGUCGGCGACCGAGGUCUGAGUCUCAGUCCGCCCGCGCGCCGGAGCAGCACCGCCGGCUGGAGCGCGGGACCGGGCGCACCGGGGAGGAGGGCGCAGGGACCCGGCGAUGGCUCAACCGAGACUGCCCGCGUCCACCGUCCUCGCCGCUGCCGUCUUCGCGGGAGGCGCCGUGUGUUCACCGCUGGUGGCCUCGGACAAUGGCAGUGGCCACACGUUGCACUCCAGAGCCGAGACAACCCCAUCACCCCACAACAACACGGGGAACGGACACCCAGAAUACAUUGCCUAUGCCCUUGUCCCUGUGUUCUUUAUCAUGGGUCUGUUUGGCGUCCUCAUCUGCCACCUGCUUAAGAAGAAAGGCUAUCGUUGUACAACGGAAGCUGAGCAAGACAUCGAAGAGGAAAAGGUGGAAAAGAUAGAAUUGAAUGACAGUAUCAAUGAAAACAGUGACACUGUGGGACAAAUUGUCCACUACAUCAUGAAAAAUGAAGCGAACGCCGAUGUCUUAAAGGCCAUGGUAGCAGACAACAGCCUGUGCGAUCCAGAAAGCCCUGUGAGCCCCAGCACGCCCGGGAGCCCCCCUGUGAGUCCCGGGCCCUUGUCCCCAGGGGCCACCCCGGGGAAGCAUGUCUGUGGCCACCAUCUGCACACAGUGGGCGGCGCUGUCGAGAGGGAUGUGUGUCAGCGGUGUCGGCACAAGCGAUGGCAUUUCAUAAAGCCUACCAACAAGUCCAAAGAGAGCCGACCCAGGCGCCAAGGAGAAGUCACCGUCCUCUCUGUGGGCAGGUUUAGAGUCACAAAAGUGGAACACAAGUCCAACCAGAAGGAGCGGAGAAGUUUGAUGUCUGUGAGUGGGGCCGAAGGCGUCAACGGGGAGGUGCCCGUAACCCCUGUGAAGAGAGAACGGAGUGGCACGGAGUAGCAGCGGUGACUUGAUUGGAAGACUUGUAAGAGACCCAAAGCUUAGAAGAGAGCAAGUUGCCUCGGAAAUAUUUUUAUACAUUUUAUAUUGUUUCUAUCAAGAAGUCAGCAGGCCUGGGAAUGGAAGCCUAAAAAGGGGGUAUUGUUAACUGUGCUGGAUGACGAAGUCCUGGGCUUUGCAACAGGUUUUCUCCUCAGAAGCCUGUUGACCUUCUGCGUUGCUGGGGAAGGAAGGAGCUUCUCUUUUAUCUGCAUGACCAUUCCCGGCCACGGCCCGCCUUGGUGGCACGCACUGCCGUUCUCUUGCGAUCACCGUGCGCCCCGCACAGGUUGUGGACCGUCUGAGCCUAUGCUUGGGGUGGGGGAUUGUGUGUGUGUGUGUGUGGAUGUGUAAGUUUUGUUUCCCAGCUCUCACCUGCCAUUUAAUCCUGGUUUGAAGACGAUCUUCAUGGAGAUGGUCUAACUGUGAGAAGAAGUCAAAGGUGACUCCCAAGUGGCAGAGGAUUCUGGGAAGCAGUGUUCUAGCUGCUGGGGUUCUAGACCAAGAGUCCCACCAAGCCAGCUCCUAGGUCACUUGUCAAAGUUGGAAGCUGAUUUCUUGUUUUGUUUUUGUUUCUUCCAGCUUUAGAGUGUUGAAUAAAGGAGCAAAAGGGUUUAAAGACACUGAAAAAAAAAAAUCUUGUUUAGACAACCCAAGGCCGAAACAAAACAGAAAUCGCCAUUCUCAUAUGAGGCGAGCCCCACACCAUCCUGGCGUGUUUUUCUUGGGGAACUGCUUGUUUUGCAUCUUUUAACUGACGCUCCUUAUCAACUCUCAGUGGCCAAUGUCCCUACAGUCCUGGAAAAUCUUUACAAAGACAUGUAGAGAUUUCCGAGUUGUGUAUUUUGUGAAACACCUGGAAGAGUGCCGGUGGAGACCUUGCCUUCCGCUUAAGAGGACUGGGGUGAGGGGUCUGGGGGUCCCGAUGCAGGAAGUCUGCCAGACCUGCUGCAUGUCGGUGUCAGUGGGAUGCUCACACACUUCUGUGACCUCCAGGGAAAAUGGGGCUCCUGAAAGAGAAUAUCCCUACAAAUAUAUUUUAAAGUAUUUACUCCAGAUAUACCUAUCCAAUUCUGUUUCCAGCAUCAAACUAAAAAUCGCUAACCUUUUAAAUGGUGGAGUCAACUUCCUGUGAAUUCUUACUGACAACUAAUAGAUGGUGUAUGGGAUCCAUUCGUAUACACAGCACAGGAGGAGAAACCGGGUUGGAAGCCAGUUCCAUGGAGGUCCCAAAAAAUAAAUACAAGCGGUUCUGAGAUGUGCAUUAGUGUAAAUAAUACAUGUGCAGGCUAGGCCAAUAGUUUUACUUCAGAAACAUAAGUGCGAUUUUUUGCUUUAAAAAUAUUGUGCCCUCCCGAUGGUGAGGGAUACAGAGUAUGUUUCAGCUUUAACUAUUUUUUAAUUUUAUUCAACCCAGAGCACUUUUUUUUUAAAA